GUAGACAAAAGCCAUCUUCACAAAAUACCCAAAACACCCUUUUCAUUAAAUGACCAAAAUACCCUCAUCAUUUCCAUCCCUAGGACCCCGAAAUUGACCCUAAUGCCCAUAGUGUUUUAAGACCCAAGAGGCCGGCAAUUUGGACUGUUUUGGCAUCCGUGAAAUACCGGUCAACCGCCCAUCCUAUAACUCUCUAGAGCUCGGUCAGUUACAUGGGAAAAUAAAAUAAAAUAAAAAAAACCACAAGACCAGACAACGGACCAUGACAAAGCUUGAAGCAAACUCUCUGUUUCAUUUUCAUGGCCAAGAUCGUUCGUGAGAAGAUGACACAGCUUUAUCGGAAGAUCAAUGUUCAUGUAAAUAUCAAGUGGAGUAUACUCGAGCGAGUAUCUGUUUUUAGACAGUUUUUUCAGUUUAUUUGGGAUAGGAUUCUUGCUUGCUCUAUAGGGAAGCCUGUUAGGUAUCGCCGGCUGACUCGCCGGCCUUCUUCUCCGCCACCGGAGGCUAUUGAAGCCGGUGGGUUGGAGUCAUCGGAGGAAUCCACCGCCAUGUUUAGCGGGUAUAACACGGAUUCAGAUUUAGUCACUUUGAAGAUUAGUUUGUUGGGAGAUUGCCAAAUUGGAAAAACAAGCUUUGUAAUCAAGUAUGUGGGAGAUGAGCAGGAAAAGAAAAGCUUGGAGAUGACAGGAUUGAAUUUAAUGGAUAAAACAUUAUUGGUUCAAGGUGCCAGGAUUACAUUUAGCAUAUGGGAUGUAGGAGGGGACAGCAACUCACUUGAUCAUGUUCCUCUUGCCUGUAAAGAUGCAGUAGCAAUUUUGUUCAUGUUUGAUCUUACUAGUAGGUGUACUCUUAACAGUGUUACAGAAUGGUAUAAUCAAGCCAGAAAAUGGAAUCAGACAGCAAUUCCCAUAUUAAUUGGGACCAAAUUUGAUGAUUUCGUCCGGCUUCCUCACAAUUUGCAAUGGACAAUAGUGACUCAGGCUAGGGCAUAUGCAAAGGCAAUGAAGGCGACCCUUUUCUUUUCAAGUGCUAAACAUAAUAUAAAUGUGAACAAGAUUUUCAAAUUCAUAAUGGCAAAGCUAUUCAACCUGCCUUGGUCGGUAGAGAGAAACUUGACAAUUGGAGAACCCAUCAUCGACUUCUGAACCCUACUUUAGCCAAUGAUCAUGUACAUACCCAAUAUCAAAAUUCAAAAAGGAAACAGCAUAGCACGAAAUUUCAAGCUCAUCAGAUCAGAGACCUUUUCUUUUCUUUUCUUUUCUUUUUGUCUCCUUUUCCUUUUAACUUUACACUCCAUGUGUAAGUAACAUGGUUGUAGCAGGGAGUUUCUUGAUGCAAAAGAAGAAAAUAUGUGAAAUUUUAAAGAUUAGAGGCAGUUUGCUUA